CUCUGCUCUGCUAUACAAGCUGUGCUCCCUCCUCUCCGCUCACUCUGGGAGUGUUUCGCAUUUAAACAAACACGGUCCUUUUACUGAAGAUGGCGGAGAGUUUUGUAGAGGCGUAAAGAAGAAACUGCUCUACUUCAAUGAAAAGCGUCGAAGCCGGAGAUGUUGAGACAUUGAAGCGACACUAGACCCUGAAUGGAGCUUGACUGGGGCUUGUGCUGGUCAAGGUGCUGAUAUGCGCUGAAGAUGAGUGGCAUAGGAGACAACUCGUUGGAGCCGCUGUGCUCUGGCGACCGCAAACGUAAACUGUCCACCUGUGACACACCGGGCUUAGGGUGUGACAAGCGUCGGAGGGAACAGGAGAGCAAGUACAUUGAGGAGCUGGCUGAGCUCAUCUCUGCCAACCUCUCCAACAUCGACAGCUUCAACGUCAAGCCGGACAAAUGUGCCAUCCUCAAGGAGACCGUGAGACAGAUCAGACAAAUCAAAGAGCAAGGAAAGAGCUCUUGCAGUGAUGACGAUGUCCAGAAGGCGGAUGUGUCUUCCACUGGUCAAGGGGUCAUUGACAAGGACCAUCUGGGACCGCUGCUCCUACAGGCCUUGGACGGCUUUCUCUUUGUGGUCAACCGGGAGGGCAACAUCGUGUUUGUGUCCGACAACGUGACGCAGUACCUGCAGUACAAGCAGGAGGAGCUCAUCAACACCAGCGUGUACAACAUCAUCCAUGACGAGGACAGGGAGGAGUUUCACAAGAAUCUACCCAAGUCUAACGCACCAAAUGGAGCAUCGUGGGGUGGAGAGGCACCUCGGCAGAAGAGCCACACCUUCAACUGUCGUAUGCUGGUGAACUUUGUUCAUGGUCAGGGUCAUGGGUUGUCAGAAGAGAGGCCUGGAGGCCAACGCUAUGAGACCAUGCAGUGUUUUGCCCUCACUCAGCCCCGGGCCAUGAUGGAGGAGGGAGAAGAUUUGCAGUCAUGUAUGAUCUGUGUGGCACGACGCAUCAUUGCAGUAGAGAGGACAGAGAGGUUCAGCACACGCCAUGAACUGACUGGUAAGCUGAUUGAAAUUGAGCAGCAAACCUCUCUCAGCACCACCAUGCGUCCAGGCUGGGAAGACCUGGUGAGGCGCUGCAUGCAGAUGUUCCUCCAUCGAAGUGAGGGACAACCGUGGUCCUACAAACGGCAUUAUCAAGACGCUUUCCGUACUGGCCACGCGGAGACCCCACUCUACCGCUUCUCGCUCUCUGAUGGCACCCCCGUCACAGCCCAGACCAGGAGCGACCUCUGCAGGAAUCCCAGCACCAAUGAACCGCACUCGUUCCUCUCCACACACUUGCUACAAAGGGAGCAGAAUAGUUAUCGUGGAAACCAGGGCGGAGGUAUGAGGCCUCAGAACAUAGGCGUGAACAACCCCAACCAACAGAUGAACGUGGGCCCAGGAGGGGGCAUGGGCAUGAACAGGGGCUACGGCAUGGCAGAGCAGGGCAACAUGCCACAAAGAGGAGUGCCUCCAUACACCGGGGGCAACCGCAUCAAUCCCAUGAACCAGAUGAAUCCCAUGCAUCAGAUGAAUCAAAUGAACUCCAUGCAUCAGAUGAACAACAUGGGUCAAAUGAACCAGAUGAAUCAGAUGAAUUCCAUGCAUCCAACGAACUCCCCAAUGAACUCCAUGAACCAAAUGGGGCCCAUGAAUCAGAUAGGCCACCAUGGCAUGCAUCAGCAGCAGCAGCAUCAGCUGCAGCAGCAGCAGCAGCAGCAGCAUCAGCAGCAGCAGCAUCAGCAGCAGCAGCAGCAGCAACAGCAGCAGCAGCAGCAGCAGCAGCAGCAGCACCAACAUCAUCAGAUGGGUCAGUUCCACGGAAGUGGAGGUGGACCUGGAGGUGGAGGGUACGGGAUGGGAAUGACCAGCCCGCCCCAGGCCAGUCCAGGGAUAAAUGGCCCCCCACACAACGUCAUGGGUUCACCCAGAGUCCGAGGAAGCCCCAAGAUGGGUGCCAGCCCCUUUUCUCCCGGAGGUAUGAACUCUCCCAUGAGCUCCAGUCACCCUGGUAACUCUGGAGGCGGCGGAGGAGGAGGGACCACCUUCUCCAGCAUCUCCUUGAAUGCCCUCCAAGCCAUCAGUGAGGGAGUGGGCAAUCCGAUGCCCUCCCCCCUCACCUCUCCUCCCCCUCACAAGCCUGACAGCUCCCCGAGCAUCAACUCCACCAACCAGGCUGCAGGGGGACCCUGUAAACCAGGCCUCCCAGCUUACUCCGACUCCAAGAGCCCGGGCAGCUCGUCGGGGGCUGGAGGAGAGCAGCAGUCUCUGCAGCAUCCACGCACCCCCACCAGCGAGGGCCCUCCUGACAAGCCAGACAGCCAGGCCAGCAGAGAGGUGGGUCCGGCCGGGGGAGAACCCAACCGACGGGGCCCUGACACCAAGAGCCACAAGAAGCUCCUGCAGCUCCUCACCUCCCCUACGGAUGAGCUGGUGCCCCCUAAUCACACGCCGAGCUCCGGGCCCGGCUCCACGCCCGAGGCUAAAGACGGAACAGCCGGCGUCACCAGCCCCUCCUCAACAGGAGUGUCCUCCUCUACGGGCGGGAAUCAAGGCGCCGUGUCCUCCUCUGGCGGCCCAGGACAUUUAACAAGUCAGUCACUGCAGGAGAAGCACAAGAUCCUCCACAAGCUCUUGCAAAACGGGAACACUCCCGACGAGGUGGCUCGCAUCACAGCCGAGGCCACUGGGAAGAGCAGCCUGGAUUCAGGGGCACCAGAGCCUGGUGCUGCAGCCACUGGAGGGGUUAGGGGGUCUGAAUCAAAGCAGGAGCAGCACAGCCCCAAGAAGGAGAAGCCCCACGCCCUCCUCCACUACCUCCUCAAUAAGGACGACUCUAAAGAAGGUGGUGAUAUCAAGCCAAAGCUGGAGGAGCUGGAGGGGAGAGGAGCUCAGGGGCCAGGGGUUACCAGCUCUGACCCCCACUGCAUGGAUGGGAAGGUCAAGUUGGAGCCAUCUGAUGAGGCGGAGACCCUGGAGACCAUUCUGGGUGUCCCAAGGAACAGCUCUAGCUUCUUCCCUGAACCAGACUCCAGAGCAGGGAAGGAAGUGGGAAACAAACAGGGAAAUAUGCCUGACAGUUUACUUGAUGGGGAGAGAGGCCCCAUGCCCCCAGCUCAGCGUAGUGCCUAUCAAAGAGCCAUGUCCAUGGAGGCCAAGCCCAUGGGUGGAGGAGAGGGAGUAGUAGGAGUUGGGCUAGCCGGGAGAAGGAAUGUCCCCUGUCCCACGCUGGUCAAACAAGAGAAGAUGGAUGCUCCGAUCCGACCUGGGCCCGUUCCCAAUGGCUUUCCAGGGGGCAUGGGUGUGUGUCCACCACGGGGCAAUCCAACAAGAGCUAUGGGCAGAGGAAUGGGAAUGCCUCAGCGGCCUCCCAUGUCAGCGCCAGGGGACUGGGGGAUGUCGAGGUCCAGUGGCAGCCCUGUGGCCGGACCAGGACACCCUGGCAUGGGUCGCUCUGGUCCAAUGGGAGGACCCAUGAUCAACCGGUCCAACAGUGUACCCGGAAAAAACAGGUCUAUGCUGCAGCAGCAGCUCAUGGAUAUGGGUACCAAUGAAGCCAAUAUGGGUAUGAGCCCGUUUGGUGAGCCCUCACCUCGGUCCCCCUCCUGGCCAGUCUCUCCUUUGGGAAUGGACAGACCACAGACUAACACAAACAGGGACCAGUUUGGGCACCCGCUGGAGGAGCUGCUGGGGCCCCUGGUCAACAGCGAGGGCCCGAGUGAUGAACGGGCACUUCUCGACCAGCUGGACUCUCUGCUCAAUACCACUGAUGUCAUUGCUCUGCAGGAGAUAGACCGAGCCCUAGGCAUCCCUGAAAUAGUGGGCCAGAACCAUGGACCUGAAGGCCACCAGCAGGUCCAGGUUCGAGGCCAGGUCCGGCGCCCGCAAUCAGAGCCUUUCCCAGGGCCGGACUCCUCCUUAGGCAUGGACCAAAAACCCAUAUACAGCCAAGGCUACCCUGGGCCCCCCGGGCCCUCCUCUAUGGGCAUGCAGCCCGGUUAUGGUGGCAACACGAUGCAAGGCCAGUCUCCUGGAGGCUUCAGCCCCAUGAUGAAUCAAGUGGGCCAGACGGGGGGCUACCCCGGCAUGACGGGUAUGGGCAACCCCCGCGCAAACAUGAUGCGACCUCGCAUGAUGACUGCCACCAAGCCUCUCCGACUGCAGUUGCAGCAGAGACUGCAAGGACAACAGUUUAUGAACCAGACCCGACAAGUCAUGAAGAUGGAACAUGCCCCCGGAGGGAACCCUGCAAUGCAUUCAAGCAUGCAGCCUGGCAUGCAAGCUGGUAUGCAGCCUGGUAUGCAGCCUGGUAUGCAGCCUGGUAUGCAGCCUGGCAUGCAACCUGGCAUGCAACCUGGCAUGCAACCUGGCAUGCAACCUGCAAACAUGGCCGGACAGCCUGGUUACCUGAACGCUCAGAUGAUGGCUCAGCGCAGCCGGGAGAUGAUGACCAUACAGAUCAGGAGGCAGCGGAUGAUGAUGCUGAUGCAGCAGCAGCAGCAGCAGGGUCAAGGGCAGGCUGCAGCAGCAAGAGGCUUCAGCCCUCCUCCAAAUGUCACCGCACCAGGAGGCAUGGACAGCCCCAUCGGAGGCCCCCCCAUGAACCAGCCUGGACAGCAGGGCUUCAACUAUGGAGGUAACUAUGGGAUGAACCAGCAGGGGGACCCAUCAUUCAUGGCUCCAGGUAGCAGCCCACCAGCAAACAUGAUGCCAGGACGAAUGGGAGGUCCUCCUCAGAACGCCAUGAUGCCAGGGAUGCAGGUCAAUCCACAGGGAGGGCCCAUGUACACGUCUGGAGACAUGAAAGGCUGGCCACAGGGCAGCAUGCCACGCAACAGCACAUACCCCCAGCAACAGUUUCCCCAGCAGGGCAACCAGGGCCAGUUUGCACACAUGAUGAUGAACAACUCCAUGGGUGGACCAGGGCCGGUCAGUGGGGCACCCAGUGCGGGUCAGAUGGGCCAAAUGCCAGGACAGAGGCAGGGCCAGAUGCAGGGCCAGAUGGGCAUGAACCCCAUGGGAAUGGGCAGAAUGCCAAUGGGACCUGAUCAGAAGUAUUGCUGAAGACGUGCGGCUGAAAGCAGAAUCUGUAGCCUUUCAGCUGUGGCAGAGCGGUCUGAGCCCCGAGAAGAGCUGGACCUACACACACACACACACACACACACGCACACAUAGUAGGAGUCCUCCAGCAUAAAACGUGACGGCACAACACACCGCUGAUCCUGGAGGAAGUGGGCUACAAGGACAACUGAAGCCUCACACACUGUUACCCUGUUAAGGUGAUGCACAAACACAAAACACCAGUGUAUGCGGGUGCGUUCACGCGAACGACCUGGAGGCUGUCGGGCAGUAUUCAGCGUCGCGGGCCAGGCUGCAGAACGGGACUAUGGUACAACUAGCUGUGGCUGCACUUUACCUGGAAGCUUCUGUGUGGAACAAAGAUUGAUGCAAUAUUUCUUCAUCAUUACAGCCUUACUAGAGAUUCAAUGCCUUCACAACGAUGGGUUUCUUCUUUUUCUUUCUUAUCCUUUGGAUGCGCCUCAUUCUUGAAGUCGUCGGAAGCUAAAAAGCACAGUUAAAACUAUGUUAUGCAGAUCGGAGCAAUAACUCUCUACGCCUCUAUGCUUUAGACUGUAACUGAGCAUCGUAACACCUGUUAUAAGCAAACAAAUGGUACUGCAGUAUUAGAUGUCUCAAAUGUCCUCUGUGAAUAUGAAUUGUAAAUAUUCUACAAAAUAUAUCAGACAUGCUUUUUAAAGGCCCAUUAUUGCACAAAGUAUGAGACCUGGUUGUAUUUUUGUGUCCCAUAGGUCAAUACUGAUUUGGUUGAUUUGCUUUUUUUUUAUGCCCUUGCAAAUAUUGCAGGUGUGUUUGGGGUUUCCUUCCCUUGUUUGUCAUUUUCUGAAUGCUGUAUUUUUUAAGAUUUUCCUCAUGUAUUCCAUGUUUUAGCGAGCAGUUUUACUUGUGACGAGUAUCUGAUGAGUUGAAGGUUUGAGCUUUCACGCUGUCAGAGAUUUUAUUGGAAAUGAAUUUUGUCAGUCGAUUACAUAAAAUGAUUUUGUUGGGUCGUGUGUGAGCUGUACGGGUUUUAUCUGCAGUACAGUGAGGACGGGAACACGCCCUCCUCAGUGUACCAACAACAAGCCCGGUCCUUGCAGUGUUCUCCCCCUCCUCACCAGCUCUGUCUGUCGAGUGUAUUUUUAUUCACACCAUCUUCUUUUUGACUGUUAUUCUCAACUCGCUGAAUCUACCUUUUCAACGUGCGCAAUCCAAAGAUAUUUUUCCACAUCUCUGUAUAGUUUCUGAGAUUUCUGGUGUACAUUUUUAAUGAUAUGCGUUAUAUUAGUCUGAUGGUAAAUGGGUACAUAUCAUGGAUCUGUAAAAGCAUUUGAUGGUUUUGUACUGUAAAGCGUAAGGAGCUAUACGUUGUUCCACAGCGGGAGGCUGUCGGUGCAGUGCGAAGAGGACUGGAAACCCCCGCAGCAGAACGUUUCUACAUCCAGAAAACAAACAAACAAACGAAGCAUGUUUUGCUGUGAAAGAGAAAUACCAAUGGAAUGAAAUCCACUUCAAGACAUAUCAAUAUCUCUUCUAUCUUUCAGGAAACAACGUCAUUGUAUGUCCAGAUUUUGUUACUUCAGGAAAAAGGAACUUUGUAGAGUUUGAAUGAAGUGCAAAAAAGAUGCAAGAGAUCAUUUGGUUUGUUUUUGUUUUUCUUUGUCUGGAGGUAAGAUAAGCUGUCAUCUUACAGGAUGUAUAUUACAGAUUUUUUCUGUUGUUGAUAUUGAUGUAAAUACAAAUUUCUAUUUAAACA